AUGACUACCACCACUUGCGCCAUCUCCUUUGUCUCGAGAACAACCCGACAGAGUCUCUCAAAUCAUAAUGCCAGAAACAGGCCCCAAGAGAUCUCAGGGCAUCAGAAUUACAGUCUCAUCCUGUUCAAUCUGCCACAAGGUAUCUCUGAAAAGGUACUGCUCGAUGCUCUCUCUCUGCAUCGACCUCUGGACAGAGUCUGGGGAUGCUCAGUCACGCCUGUAGCACCUGGUUACCCAACUGCAACGUCUAAUUUGACCAUGUUCACGCGAGAAGCCGCACAGAAUGUUUUCGCACUGGUCAACGGAGGACAUUUAAGCAUCGGCGGAUUGGUCGUCAGGAUUCGCUACAACACUACACGAUCUUUCUCUCCGCAGGUAUUUCCAGCUUAUGUGUCCCGGGUGUUGGUUAUUAAGGAGAACAAGAACAUUGUCGAUGUUCAUCGUCUUCACCAUUUCCUUUCCAGGAAUAUGAUGUUCCAAACACAAGAUGUGUACGUCGUGGAGGCGAAUGCGGAGGAGAGGAUCAUCGAGUGGGUGUUUGGCUCAUACCGUGCCCAAGCGGCAACCGCCAGAAUGGCCCUGAGGAGCGAGUAUCCUCAGCUCAUGCUUCGCUUUGGCGUUGAUCCCAUGGCCGCAACCCUCGCGGAACGAACAGUAGCAACGCUCGCGGUAGUUCCCGCUGCGAUCUUGCCUGUUGCAGAGGCAGUUGUCCAUGACGACAGCGAGGGAAACGAAGCGGAAAGUGAGACUUCUGACCUUAUCACGUUGGACUAAACGCUUUCCCUGCUCGCAUUGAGUUAUCGAGUGGUAACUGAUAACCCACAAACAUCAGCGGUAUUCAUCGCUUCUUUGAAGAGUGGCACGAGUUCGUACACCGUUCCCAUCUGUCAAAUUUG